AUGCGCCUGCUCCACCAUUACAACGUCGUCAUCUGCCCUAUCCUCGAAGAUGAAGAAUCUACGGCUGUGAUAUGGAGGGAAGUGGUCCCAGAAACAGCAUUCUCUCACGAGUUUCUCAUGCACGGGCUGCUUGCUUUAUCUGCCCUUCAUUACGCUCAAACCCACCCUGCUCAGCACGAUGAGUUCGCUCUCAUCUCAUCGCAACAUCAAGAUGUUGCUUUGCAAGCAUUUACUGUCAAGCUGCAGGAUGUUAAUGAAGGCAGCUUUGAGCCGUACUUCUUUCUUGCGACAUUCCCUUUCAUCAUUAGCAUGUGUUCCAUCACAUGUCAGCACGAUGCAGGGGCUGUCAUCGCCCCUAAAGAUAUUGCGCAGUCAUUCAUGCUGUCGGUAGAGACCUUCUCCCAAUCUGGACCUCUGGGACCGCUCUUCGGGUAUACAAUGCCAUUGCCCGUUGGACACGCCGGUCCGUUUCAGCGUCGCUUGGAUCAACUUUUUGAGCUCACUCGAGAGCUAAACCCGACUUUGGAGGCAAUGAACGCCCAGUCCUCGUGCCUACUGGCAAUUGAGUCUCUCAGGACCACUUACACUGCUUGUGCGGCAGAUCAAUCGGCGACUCGCGGGCGUCGUAUAUGGCUUUGGCCAGUUUCUUUGCCUUCGUUCUUUGCCGAUUUGAUCAGCAACCAUCAUCAUGUUGCCCUAGUCAUACUGGCACACUAUGCUGCUUUUACUAGACCAUUUGAACAUAGACAAUGGACGAACAAGGGAUGGAGCACCAAAAUGAUGGCGGCGGUUGAGACUGCGUUAGAUGAGCAGUGGAACACCCAUAUUGAUGUAGAUGAUAUGGAUGUUUAG